AAUUGGACUCAAUGUUAUUCCCACUAUGAAAUUAAAUUGACCCAUCCUGUUGAUGUCAUCUCAUUCUGCCAAGUAGAAGUAGAACACUCAGUUGUGUUGUUGUGCGAAUGGCUACGUUUUCAAUUGGGACACACUUGCCCAUGUUCCAGCAUUUGCAUAAUUCUAGACUUCCACUUCUUGGCCUUUGCACCGUUGAAUCUUCACCCUUCUUUGGCUCCUCUUCUUGCAGAACCAGAUUCGCAGGUGCCAUCCCCACGUUGCUCCGUCACAAUGUAUUGGCACGUGCCGAAGAUAAGGCCAGAGACCCUACACCUUCUUCCUUUCAGCCUCAACAAAGUUCUCAGCAACAGUUUCAGAACUUAACACCAGAAUCUGGGAGUUGUGAUCCCCUAUGUUCACUCGAUGAAACAAGCUCACAAGAGUUUGAAGACAGCUACCAGCCCAAGACUGAUUUCCUCAAAGCUGUUGCAAUAUUAGCAACAGCUGCAACUGGGGCAGUGGCAAUUAAUCAUUCUUGGGUAGCCACUAAUCAGGAUCUUGCUAUGGCAUUGCUAUUUGUAAUAGGAUAUGCAGGCAUCAUAUUUGAAGAAUCUCUAGCCUUCAAUAAAAGUGGAGUGGGACUGUUGAUGGCUGUAAGCUUAUGGGUGAUACGGAGUAUUGGGGCUCCAUCAACUGAUAUAGCUGUUUCAGAGCUUACACAUGCAUCUGCAGAAGUCAGUGAAAUAGUGUUUUUCUUGCUUGGUGCAAUGACCAUUGUUGAGAUCGUUGAUGCUCAUCAAGGAUUUAAGCUGGUUACUGACAAUAUAACAACCCGAAACCCACGCCUUCUCCUCUGGGUGAUUGGAAUUGUUACAUUUUUUCUCAGUUCAGUUCUAGACAACCUGACAUCCACCAUAGUUAUGGUUUCUCUGUUGCGGAAAUUGGUGCCUCCAUCAGAGUACCGAAAGAUUCUUGGAGCUGUUGUUGUAAUAGCAGCAAAUGCGGGGGGUGCAUGGACUCCUAUUGGUGAUGUUACAACUACUAUGCUGUGGAUACAUGGGCAAAUAUCUACAGUUCAAACAGUGAAGGAUUUGUUUGUACCUUCAGCCGUUUCUCUAGCUGUUCCACUGGCUCUAAUGUCCCUGACAAGUGAAGUUAAUGGGAAGGGACAAAAUUCUCCCAAUGUCUUGGCAUCGGAACAGAUUGCUCCUCGAGGACAGCUUGUUUUCUCUGUGGGUUUAGGAGCUUUGAUUUUUGUCCCAGUAUUCAAGGCUCUUACAGGUUUGCCUCCAUACAUGGGGAUGCUGCUUGGACUCGGUGUGCUUUGGAUCCUCACAGAUGCUAUCCAUUACGGUGAAUCUGAAAGGCAGAAGCUAAAAGUACCCCAGGCUCUCUCAAGGAUAGACACCCAAGGAGUACUAUUCUUUCUGGGAAUUCUAUUAUCCGUUAGCAGCCUGGAGGCAGCUGGGAUUCUUCGGGAAAUAGCAAACUACCUUGAUGCACAUGUGCCAAGUAGUGAACUGAUUGCCAGUACUAUUGGACUCAUAUCUGCAGUAAUAGACAAUGUUCCAUUGGUUGCUGCCACAAUGGGAAUGUAUGAUGUCACUUCUUUCCCUCAGGAUUCUGAGUUCUGGCAAUUGAUUGCAUUUUGUGCUGGUACUGGUGGAUCCAUGUUAAUUAUUGGCUCAGCUGCUGGAGUUGCGUUCAUGGGGAUGGAAAAGGUGGACUUCUUUUGGUACUUACGAAAGAUUAGUGGCUUUGCUUUUGCAGGUUAUGCUGCUGGUAUCGUUGCCUAUUUAGCUCUCCAUAAACUCAACAUCUCCCUACCAACUCUAGCAGAGGUUCCUUUCCUUUCUGGUUCAUAAAUCAAGAAUCCAGACUUCAUUUAAUUCGAUUUUCAUGGCAUCAAAAUCAACAUAGUUUUAAAAUUAUGUAUACAAGUCUUAGAGUGUGUUUCGAUAGGCGUUCUAUUCACGUUGAAUGAAAAAAUUACACAUUCCAAUGCACAAACGGAAAAGCUAUGUGAUUUGUGCAUUGAAUUUAACGCGGGUUUAGUUGGAUGCAACUAUAAUCUAAACACACCCUUGAAGGUUAUGAUUUUGCUAAACAAGAAGUGAGCAUAUAAGAGCACGAUCACAAGAGGCGAGAAUAGUUAA